AUGAACAAUAUUGAUAAAAUUGAAAAAGAUAUUAUGUAUAUGAACCCCAUUGAUUCUAAAUUUUUUUUCAAACCUACUGUUAUUAAUGAUAAUAAUAAUAAUAAUAAUAUAAAUAAUAUAAAUAAUAUAAAUAAUAAUUAUACAAAAAUAAAUAAUUAUAAUAAUCUUAUAAAUACCAAUAUUAACAAUAAAAAUAAUAGUAAUAGUAAUAGUGUAUUUUCACAACCAGAUCAAGCAGCUACUAUUACCAAUAUAUCAAACCCUUGUACAUUAGCAUCGCCAACACCAUCAUCACCAUCGAAUAAUAAACUUUUAAUGAUACAAAGAGAUGAUAUGGAAAAAGAUAUAAAUGAUUAUUCAAAUUUAAAUUUUGACCCUCAUCAAAUGUCAAAACCAUCAUAUCAUCAUCAUUCUCAUUCUCAUUCUCAUCAUUCUCAUUCUCAUUCUCAUUCUCAAAAUAGUCAUUACCUUAACAAUUUACAACUUCAAAAUUUACAAAACUUUCAACAACAACAUCAACAAAAGCCAAUUUCACCACCACCAUCAUCUUUAAAUAUAGUUGUAAAUAGAAAUAGGUUUUUUGAAAAUUCUGAUCCAAACUUUUCUUACUUUUCUCAUAAUGAAUCAAAUAUAUCUGACUUUUUCUACAACUAUGUACAUUAUGAUCAUAAUUUCAACUUUAAUGAAAAUUCUUUUAUUUUUAAUACCAACAACAACAAUAAUAAUAAUAAUGAAAUAAAUAAUAGUGUUAUUGGUAAUGAUAUUUUACAGACAGUACCUCCUUCACCAACUCCAACACCACCUCCACCACCACAACAACAACAAUUUACACAAAUUAAAAAUACAAAUUAUAUUUUCGUACCCCAACAAUUAAAACAAUAG